GCGAGGCGCGCAGUGCCCAGCGCUCUCCCGGCGCCGCCGCCCGAACCCAAGCACACCCGCCCGCCAGUCCGCCCGCCGGCGGUGCGUCCUCGGAGCUCGCCCUUCUGCCCCGCAGACAGCCUGUCCGACCCCGCCCCGACCCCGCCCGCCCUCUGGACCCUGGCCGCCCCGCGUGGAGACCGGAGGUGAGCGCUGGAACCGACAAAAUGAUGCUUCAACACCCAGGCCAGGUCUCUGCCUCGGAAGUCAGUGCGUCUGCCAUCGUCCCCUGCCUGUCCCCUCCUGGGUCACUGGUGUUUGAGGAUUUUGCUAACCUGACACCCUUUGUCAAGGAAGAGCUGAGGUUCGCCAUCCAGAACAAGCACCUCUGUCACCGGAUGUCCUCUGCACUGGAGUCGGUCACGGUCAGCGGCAGACCCCUCGAGAUGGCAGUCACGAAAACCGAGGUAGCUCCUGAAGAAGACGAAAGGAAAAAGAGGCGUCGGGAAAGAAACAAGAUUGCAGCUGCCAAGUGCCGGAACAAGAAGAAGGAGAAGACAGAGUGCCUGCAGAAAGAGUCGGAGAAGCUGGAGAGUGUGAACGCCGAACUGAAGGCCCAGAUCGAAGAGCUCAAGAAUGAGAAGCAGCAUCUGAUAUACAUGCUCAACCUUCACCGGCCCACGUGCAUUGUCCGGGCUCAGAACGGGCGGACUCCAGAAGAUGAGAGAAACCUUUUUAUCCAACAGAUAAAAGAAGGAACAUUGCAAAGCUAAGCCAUCGUGGUAUGGGGGCAACUGGGGAGUCCUCAUUGAAACCUUCUACAUCCCGAACCCUGAAGCCGUUGGAGAUCUGACUACCUGUGCCCCUCUCGCAUUCCAGCCGUGAAGAACCGUCGAGGCGGAAGAGCCCUGGGUAACUCAGCUGGGCCUUCCCUCUGUACCAGAGUGGACAUUGGACCAGGAUGAGGGCAUCUUUUUGUCUCAAUGCCAGGAUUUAGGCCUUAAUAUGCUGGCUAUUCUUGGAUGCCGCAGAGGGGCCCCGGUCAGGGUCCUGCCCAUCUUCUGCCUGGAUUCUACCGAGACCAGGACUCUCAUCAUUAGGACUCAUGCUGAAGAAGUGUCUGGACCUUGGGUGGAUGGAGUGGGGCCACGUCCUGCGCUGCCACUGCCACGGCCAUGCACAGGACACGGAGUGAGAAUGGAGUUUAGCAAUGUUGUACAAUGGCAAGGGUUGUGCUUUCUAGCAAACCUGCUAUCAGGCACUGGAAUUACUGUGUGCGAGGCAUCGCUGUGUCCAGGCUAGGCAUUGUGCUCUCCUGGUGUUUGUUGUGCACAACACCGGUGUGAUUUUCCUCAGAUCUGGUUUCUGAGAGUUUGGGGAGUGAUCACCACAAGGCAGUGUCUUACAGAAUGUUGAGGUGGCCAGAAGAACUUGUCCACCCCGGGAGAAGAGAAUUCUGCUGGCGAGCUGGGCAGCUUCCAAUCACUAGAGAAAGCCCCCUUUCCCUCAGCACCCAGGUAUUGAUGCAAAACUCAUGGGCGUGACUGCAGGUCCUCUGUCGCAAACUCAGUUCUAAUGUCACAGAAGAAAGCAGGAAAUCUGACUUCCAAAGGGCUAGGACUCUCCACUUGGUGACUUAGGUCAGGAGUUGUUUCUAGGCCAGAAGAGCCAAAGAAUAUUCCAUUUUCCUUCUCUCGCGGUUGACAACCACAUGGAGUAGAGACAUGUUUGAAACCGGUGAUGCCGAGGCUUUAGCAUUGUUGUAUGUUAGUGGCAUUGUUUGUCAUGAAGAUGUUUGUAGAAAUCUGGCCCAGAGCAUUGAGAGCUGUGAGAGGUCAUUCACACUGGCCACAGGACUCUGGCUACUGUCUGUUUAAAUUCUGAUGUUUCUGUGAAAUCCUCAGAGUGUUUAAUCCUACUCAAUAGUACAUUAAAAUUUUCUGUAAGAGAAAAUAUUACUUAUUUAUCCUAGUAUUCCUAACCUGUUGAUAUAAUAAAUAUUGGAACCAAGACAUGGUAAACUU